CGUCCGGACGCUCAGCGGCUUUCGGAGGCUCCGUAAUCGCCGCCUUCUGGAAGGUAGGAGGUCGGCUGUUAGGAGCUGAUAUGGUGCUGAAUUCCCUGGCCGAGCCGACAGAGCCGAGGUGGUCGUGGCCAUGAAGGCGGGUGCCACCUCCAUGUGGGCUUCAUGCUGUGGGCUGCUGAAUGAAGUCAUGGGAAGCGGAGCUGUCAGGGGCCAGCAGUCAGGAUUUGCAGGGGGCACCGGCCCUUUCCGGUUCACGUCCAGUGCAGACUUCCCCGCCUACCCACCAGCAGCCGCGGCGGAGGGGCCCAAUAUAGUAUGCAAAGCCUGUGGACUUUCAUUUUCAGUCUUUAGAAAGAAGCAUGUCUGUUGUGACUGCAAGAAGGAUUUCUGCUCCGUUUGCUCCGUCUUACAAGAGAAUCUUCGUCGGUGUUCCACUUGUCACCUCCUGCAAGAGACAGCCUUCCAGCGCCCUCAGCUGAUGCGGCUGAAAGUGAAGGACCUGCGGCAGUACCUCAUUCUCAGAAACAUCCCCACUGACACCUGCCGGGAGAAGGAAGACUUGGUGGAUCUAGUGUUGUGCCAUCAGGGACUGGGCUCCGAGGAUGACCUGGACACGGGCAGCCUGAACUCCUCCCGCUCCCAGACUUCUAGCUUUUUUACACAGUCGUUUUUAUCAAACUAUACGGGCCGCUCUGCCACUGUGUCUUCCUUCCAGGGAGAGCUCAUGGAUGGAGAACGGACCUCCAGGUCUGGCCUGCUGGCACAGGGACAGAGUGACGAACCUUCAGCAAACACAGGAGAUGAUGACGAUGAUGAUGACGAUGAUGAUGAAGACGACGAUGAUGACGAAGAAGACGACGAUGACGUGGAAGAGCAGACCCCUGGGCUCUCCACGAAGAAAGCGAGAGCUUCGCUGUCUGACCUGUCGAGCCUCGACGAGGUAGAAGGGAUGAGUGUGCGCCAGCUGAAGGAAAUCUUGGCUCGGAAUUUUGUCAACUAUUCGGGAUGUUGUGAAAAGUGGGAGCUGGUGGAGAAAGUAAACCGGCUGUACAGAGAGAAUGAGGAAAACCAGAAGGCAUACGGAGAGCGGCUGCAGCUGCAGGAUGAGGAGGACGACAGCCUGUGCCGGAUCUGCAUGGACGCCGUCAUCGACUGUGUCCUGCUGGAAUGCGGCCACAUGGUCACCUGCACCAGGUGCGGCAAGCGCAUGAGUGAGUGCCCCAUCUGCCGGCAGUAUGUGGUGCGGGCAGUGCAUGUGUUCAAGUCCUGAAAGCCAGGCUCUCCCGCUGCCAAGCCUGGCCCAAGCACAGAGUGCAUAGAAGGAACUGGAAAUAACAUGGUUCAAAGGCUAUUUUUUCACCUGGUUUUCGGCACUGCGAGGCGAGGCUCAGCGUGGACUGGGCUGUGGCCAGAGCGCCCUCUGCUGGGCCUCCCUUGCCCCCAGGGCACACGGUGGCUGUGGUCAUGGCGUUGAGCCUGCGCUCCAUGGAGGACUCGCCCUGUGCUCUUCCCCUCCCGCCUGCAUUGGAAGCGUGGGCUCCUAGCUCACGGGAGCCGACUCCUCUCAUUCUAUUAGUCAUGUAUAUCUUAAAUGCUAAUAUCUGACGAAUGUAUGUUUUCACAUUGUUGCUGUUUCCGCAUUUAAACAUCACUGGGGGCAACGGACAUACUAAUGGUCAUCUUGCCAGGGCCUUAGACUAAAUGUGUCCAUUUUUUGUUCAGGUUCAGCUUUUUAUAGCAAGGGCUGCAUCUAGCUUCUUACAUUAGAAGUGUGUGUGCUAAAUUCUUUAUUAACGUGCAACCCAUUUCCACUGUUUUGUAUAGUGAAGGUGUAUUUUUAGUGCUGCUAGCUAAAUUUCAACUUUAGGAAUAAAAUUAGAUU